UUAAACUCUCUGAAACAUGAUUCAAGAUGUAAGAAAGCAUUUAGCUGCUCUGAGUGUGGGAGAAGAUUUGGCUUCAAGUAUAGUCUAAAGACACACAUGAGAACUCAUACAGGAGAGAAACCUUUCAGCUGCUCUGUUUGUAAGAAAUCUUAUACACAGAGAGGAGAUUUACAGAAACACAUGAAGAUCCACACAGGAGAAAAGCCAUUUAGCUGCUCUGAGUGUGGGAAAAGAUUUGUCUUCAAGUCAUAUCUGAAAAAACACAUGAUGACUCACACAGGAGAAAAACCUUUUAGCUGCUCUGUGUGUCAGAGGAAAUUUGGCCGCAAGUCCAAUCUGGAAUAUCACAUGAUAACUCACACAGGAGAAAAACCUUUCAGCUGCUCUGAGUGUCAGAGGAAAUUUAGCUUGAAGUCAGAUCUUAAGAGACACAUGAGAAUCCACACAGGAGAAAAACAGUUCAGCUGCUCUGAGUGUCAGAGGAAAUUUGGCUGCAAGUCAAAGCUGAAAGAUCACAUGAUAACUCACACAGGAGAAAAACCUUUUAGCUGCUCUGUUUGUAAGAAAAGAUUUGGCCACAAGGAAAGUCUGAAGAGACACAUGAGAACUCACACAGGACAGGAUCCCUUCAGAUGCUCAGUCUGCAAGAAAUCUUUUACACAGAGAGGAUAUUUAAAGAAACACAUGAGAAUUCACACAGGAGAAAAACCUUUUAGCUGCUCAGUUUGUAAGAAAUCUUUUACACACAGUCGAAGUUUACAGUCACACAUGUUAGUCCACACAGGAGAAAAACCUUUUAGCUGCUCUGAUUGUGGUAAAGCUUUUACUGAAAGUGGAAACCUGAAGAAACAUGUAAGAAUCCACACAGGAGAGAAACCUUUUAACUGCUUAGUCUGUAAAAAAUAUUUUACACAGAGUGAAACUUUACAGUUACACAUGAGAACUCACACAGGAGAGAAACCUUUUAACUGCUCAAUCUGUAAAAAAUCUUUUACGCAGAGAGGAGAUUUACAGAAACACACAAGAGUCCACACAAAAGAGAAACCUUUUAGCUGCUCAGUCUGUAAGAAAUCUUUUACACAGAGAGGAAGUUUACGGUCACACAUGGCCGUAUUCCACACAGGAGAGAAAAGAUUCAGCUGCAGUGUUUGUAACAAAAGAUUUGCCUGGAGUUCUGAUGUCAAAACACAUAAAUGUGUUGGUCAUAUAAACACAGAAGCUGAUGUAGAUUACUGUGGAGGACCAGAACCAGCCAGGAACUCACAUCCACUUUUACAACCAGAGACUGAAGAC